ACAGUUUUUCCGAUGGAAUUCAUUCCAAUGACGGUUCCUCUGGACAUUCAAUAAAGCAAUGAAGCUUGACAGAUGGCAUCUCCUGGAACAUAUCAAGUGAAGUCUCAGCUGGAUGAUCAAACUGAAAAUGAACUUGAUUGGCUGUAUAAACCCUGAACACGCACAAGAAGUUCACCCCAGACGAUUCGGAUAACUUCAAUGGGCCAGUAAGAGGUGCAGCUUGGGGUGCUUUUGAGUUUUAAUUUUAUUCUUGUUCUUCAUGUCAAAGGCUAUCUCUGAGUAUGACCGUCCACUAUGUGACACUGUGAGUCCAGAGAGCUCUGGGGUUUUAGCUUUUAUUGCACCUGCUGGAUUCCAAGCCACAGGUUAAAUGGUGCUGAUAACUGGAGAUUGUCCUCGAGGAGGUCUACCUGUGGUACAAGAUCAGAACGGCAGCACGGAUGGUCAGGUGGGAGCCUGCCGAGCAUUUGCGGAAUCUUCUGUCCAGAGGAGCAAUGGAAAUGAGGAGCAUUCCAGCGGAGAUGAUGAGUACUUUGAUGAUGACGACGAUGACGUCUACCAGGAAUUUGAAGAGUUUGAUUUCUCCCAGUUACCAGACAGCAAGAGUAUUGCAUCGGAUGAUUCCUUCUAUCCACCUGAUGAAUCCAUCACCUAUCAUCGGUCCCCGUUGGCUGAGAGUCCAGAACCUCUCACUUUUUUCAAGGCAUGUUGCAAUAAUAAUGCCAUCAUAGUCAAAAUCAUGAUUCGCCAAGGAGUCACGGAAGAGGAAGUGCGAGAAGUGGACAAGAACAAAAGGACAGGCUUGAUAGUGGCGUGCUACCAGGGUUACGUGGAUGUGGUCAUCGCUCUCACGCAGUGUCCGUACGUGAACGUGAACUGGCAAGACAACGAGGGAAACACUGCCCUAAUUACAGCUGCACAAGCAGGUCACAUUAUGAUCACCAACUAUCUGCUGAAUUACUUUUCUGGACUGGACAUCGAACGCAGGAACUGCCAUGGCUUCACAGCCAUGAUGAAGGCGGCCAUGCAGGGCCGGGCCGACUGUGUUCGAGCCCUAAUGAUGUCAGGAGCAGACAUCGAAGCGAGAGACUACGGACGCAAGCUGACACCACGUGAAUGGGCCCUCUUCACGGGCCGCCAUGAGACCGCACGGGUGAUUUUACGGCUGAUGGCACAGCCGUGUGCCGAGCAGUUCUGUGACUCCUUCAGCAUGGAGUGGCCUGCACUAAGGGAGCUGGUGGAGCAGGCACAGGAACCCAAAUCGUGCUGGAGGACAAUAUCAGAGCGUGCCUGCGCUGCGUUUGUCUUCAGGACGAAGACGGAACCGCUGGAGGAGGGUGUAUUGGACUAUAUGGUGCGCAUGACCACAGCACUGGCCAGCCCGCUGGUGGCCAUAGCCUGCCACACUGUGUGUCCAGGGAGCCCACCCUGUGUGGGCAAACGGCGGCCACCAGUGCCGGAUAUUCUCCGCAAGCAGCGGCUGGAUGAGCUGAGGAGGCUGGGGCCCGAACGCCUCAGCAAUUACAAGCGCCUCUUCCAGAACUCUCGUGUGCUGCUGGUGCCCAAGAAGCGGGAGCGGCGUGCCAGCCUGCAGCCUCCUGCGCUGCAUGAUAUGGCGCUGGCUUCAACCGUGGCACUGCGCAGGAGCAGCCUGCUACCGCUGCAUAUGAUGCGCAGGAGCAGCGUACGACCUGGUAUGGUGGUGCCCAAGGUACGCCUUUGCAAGGCCCCGCCACCCACUUACGUGCCCGAGAGGAUCCGUCACAGGGGAGAUUCGCAGUACCUACAGGUGCCCAAAUGGAAGUACAAGGCUUUAAAGGAGGAGAGAAAACAAAUGGAGCAGGGCAACAAGCUGAAAUUUCCCGUUGUACGGAGGAGAUGAUGCUGACUUUUAAUCUGGAAAACGCUCCCUUGCUGUCGUUUGGGGGUUCCUCUGGGAAGGAGUCGUAUUUCCUACAGCAGUGGUUUCCAACCCUGUUCCUGACAGAGUAGCCCUGCCCUGCACAUUUUUAUGUUUUCCAAUCUCGAAUACACUCACUUCAGCUCAGGAAGGGCUUGUUAAAGUCAGUGUUAAUAUAAUUACAUUAAUAUUGCAGUCCGUACCGUGACAUAUUUCCAAGUUAAACGUAGUUUUAGGGAGGGUUUCUGAGCUAGCUGAGCAUUUCACACGAUCAUAGGUGGAGAUGGUGGGAGGGAGAGGUGAAACAUGACAUUAUUCGUUAAUAUUUUUCCCUCAGCCUACUGAUGCAAGGUUAUGUAAUCAAAAUUCAGGAGACGUUUUCAAGACCAGCAAACGUCUCUAUACUAUGAUCAGAUUAUGGAAUAACAAGACUUUUUGUCCUUUAAUCGCAGUGUAUGAUAAACAUACUUAUUCGACUAGCCACAUUUCGAUUUCAGGUUGACCUUAAUUACCUGAUUAGUUUGAGCAUAUAUAUUAAUGCAGGAAAAACACAAAAAUAUGCAGAGCCAAGGCUGGAAACAACUGCCCUACAGCCUAUAGAGGGUAAUGGCACUCUCAUUCGUCCAAAGACAGUAGACUGAUAUCGGCUUUGUCCCUUCAGCUACAUCAUAUUUGGCCUUUGAGAAGUCUGAAUGACUUAUUUCAACUGAUUUUGACACAUACAAUACACAAUACAUUUCUUACCUUUCAGACAGACAUAACACAGUUAGAAGUGCAUUUAUCUCAUGUUGAGGGUCUUGCUCUUUAUGAGAUACUUACAAUUUGAUACUUCAAUUAUGUCUAAUUAUUUUUCUUACACAUGUAUUUCUUGUGUUGUUAUGGGACUUUAAAUGUCGUGGCACAAACUUCUUGAAAGAAAAUUCACUCAUUAAUAUUUCAUGUGAACAUAUUACAUGCUUACUGCCUAACUCUAUUAUUAAAGACAACAAAUACUCUUCUUUGUUAUAA